GUGACGUCAUGAAGGAAGCGCCACUAGGAACACAUCUGAGCUUGGAGUAACACGUCAGUCUAGUAAAGCGCAGAAGCCGGCUGCUGACGAGCGAUCGCCCUUCUGUCUACAUCCGUCGACAUUCACAUGCACAUGCUAUAAUUUGUUUUGAACAGAACGUAUUUAUUAUUCCUUGUUUAGACCCGAGUUCAACUUAAUAUCAAAGCUUGGUGAUGGCGACCUACCAGGAGUUCAUCCAACAGAACGAAGACAGGGAUGGGGUGAGAUUUAGCUGGAACUUCUGGCCCUCCAGUCGUCUGGAGGCCACCAGGCUAGUGGUCCCCGUCUCCUGCCUCUUCACACCCCUCAAGGAGAGGCCUGACCUGCCACCAGUCCAGUAUGAACCAGUGCUGUGCAGCCGGGCCAACUGCAAGGCAGUGCUCAACCCGUUAUGUCAAGUUGACUUCAGAGCAAAAAUAUGGGCAUGCAACUUCUGCUUUCAGAGAAACCCAUUCCCUCCCUCUUAUGCGGGCAUAUCAGAAGUGAACCAGCCAGCUGAACUCAUGCCACAGUUUUCUACCAUUGAGUACAUAGUACAGCAUGGACCCCCUACUCCUCUGAUCUUCCUCUAUGUGGUGGACACGUGUUUGGAAGAGGAGGACCUCCAGGCCCUGAAGGAGUCCCUGCAGAUGUCCCUCAGCCUGCUGCCCCCAAAUGCCCUGGUGGGCCUCAUCACUUUUGGACGCAUGGUCCAGGUUCACGAGCUCAGCUGCGAAGGGAUUGCCAAGAGCUACGUGUUCAGGGGCACCAAAGACCUUUCCUCCAAACAGAUCCAGGAGAUGCUGGGUCUAACAAAUUCAGCACCAUUGGGGCAGCAAGGUCGCCCACUGGUCCCUCAGGACGCUGCAGCCUUCUGCAGGUUCCUUCAGCCUGUGCACAGAGUCGAUAUGAAUCUGACAGACUUGCUGGGUGAGCUUCAGCGAGAUCCCUGGCCUGUCCCUCAGGGCAAACGGCCCCUCCGCUCCACUGGUGUUGCUCUGUCUGUCGCUGUUGGGCUGCUGGAGGGCUCGUUCCCCAACACAGGGGCUCGUGUGAUGCUGUUCAUCGGAGGGCCCCCCACCCAGGGCCCAGGCAUGGUGGUGGGAGACGAACUGAAAACCCCCAUCCGCUCCUGGCACGACAUCCAGAAGGACAACGCUCGCCAUCUGAAGAAAGCCACCAAGUACUAUGAGGCCUUGGCCAACCGCUCAGCUGUCAAUGGCCACAGUAUUGAUAUCUACGCCUGUGCCCUGGACCAGUCUGGAUUGCUGGAGAUGAAAUGCUUAUCCACUCUCACUGGGGGACACAUUGUGAUGGGAGACUCCUUCAACACGUCCCUGUUCAAGCAAACCUUCCAAAGGGUCUUCAGUAAAGACUACAACGGAGACUUCCGCAUGGCCUUUGGAGGUGUCCUGGAGGUCAAGACAUCAAGGGAGCUGAAGGUUUGUGGGGCCAUUGGACCGUGCGUUUCACUCAACUCAAAAGGUUCCUGUGUUUCAGAGAAUGAGAUGGGUGUCGGUGGCACGAACCAGUGGAAAGUGUGCAGUCUCACCCCGUCCACUACUUUGGGCAUUUAUUUUGAGGUGGUGAAUCAGCACAAUGCACCCAUUCCCCAGGGUGGCCGAGGGGCGGUCCAGUUUGUAACCCAGUACCAGCACUCCAACACCCAGAGGAGGAUACGGGUCACCACCAUCGCCAGGAACUGGGCAGAUGCACAGACCCAAAUUCAGCACAUCGAGUCCUCAUUUGACCAGGAAGCAGCCGCUGUGCUCAUGGCUCGUCUGGGAGUCUUCAGAGCCGAGUCCGAGGAGGGACCAGAUGUCCUGCGAUGGCUCGAUAGGCAGCUUAUCCGCCUGUGUCAGAAGUUUGGCCAGUUCAAUAAAGAUGAUCCUGCGUCAUUCAGACUGUCAGAGUCUCUGUCCCUCUACCCACAGUUUAUGUUCCACCUGCGGCGGUCGCCCUUCCUGCAAGUGUUCAACAACAGCCCAGAUGAGUCAUCCUAUUACAGGCACCACUUUGUCAGGCAGGACCUGACCCAAUCCCUGAUCAUGAUCCAGCCCAUCCUCUACUCGUACUCCUUCCAUGGACCACCAGAGCCUGUGCUCCUGGACAGCAGCAGUAUCUUACCAGAUCGAAUCCUGCUGAUGGACACUUUCUUCCAGCUGGUGAUCUACCAUGGAGAGACUAUUUCACAGUGGCGAAAGGCAGGCUACCAGAAAAUGGCAGAGUAUGAGAACUUCAAACAGCUACUGCAGGCUCCUUUGGAUGAUGCCCAAGAGCUCCUGCAUGCACGUUUCCCAAUGCCACGCUACAUUGACACAGAGCAUGGAGGCUCACAAGCUCGCUUCCUGCUCUCCAAGGUCAACCCGUCACAGACCCACAACAGCCUCUACACCUGGGGACAGGAGACAGGAUCCCCGAUCCUCACCGAUGACGUCAGCCUGCAGGUCUUCAUGGACCAUUUGAAGAAACUGGCUGUUUCCAGCUCUACGUAG